AUGCCCACUGAGAAGAAAAGCAGACUGGCAGGGAAAUUUCGUACCGAUAUACUAAUUCUCAUCAUGUACCAGCUUUGCCAUGCAUACACUACGCAGCAACUUUUCCCUAUCCUUCUCAACUACGUGCCGCCCGUCGGAUGCUUCGAUGAUCACUGUACAAAUAGUCGAGGGAAAUGCUAUAAAGACUGUGUAACAUGCCCAGAUGUCUGUCCUAAUACUACAACCGCAGUUCAUGAGCAAUGUGUGAAGGAAAACAAGCCAUAUUUUAAGUCUGCUGCGAUGGAAUAUCAAAUAUACUGUAGACCUUUCUUCAAAUCGAUCUCAGCCACAUCAGUACAAUACGCAGGCGUACUCAUCGGUAACUUCAUCGUUGGAUGCGCAGCGGACAGACUUGGAAGGCGCUUUGUUCUCCUUGUUGCGUUGUUGCUAGGAGUUCCAGAAUUAUUCCUUUGUGGUAUCAUCAAUAACCUCAUCGUUUAUUAUGUUCUUCGAUUUGCAAUAGGGCUUAGUGUGGCAGGUACAAUGUCCGUUGGUUGGACGUAUUGUUCGGAAAUGAUCUCAGCCAGACACAGAUUCAAACUGAGGACCAUCACUAGUUACUCACUUGGACGAGUUUUCAUGGUCGCACUAGCUCACGCGGCUGGAGAAUGGCGCCUAGCUAUCUUUUUACAUGGUGGAGUGUGUGUACUCACUUUCCUUCUUCUUCUUUUCCUACCUGAGAGCAUUAUAUGGCUGAAGAGAAAGGGAUACACCGAGCGAGUUGAGAAUGCACAAAGGAAAAUUGAUUGGAUCAAUGGCAUGAAGUCAGAAGAAGUGGAGGUCAUGCAAAGCGCUGCAGCAACAAAAAGUGUCUCACUGUUAGACGUACUUCGAGAUGUUAAACUACGAGUCGGUUUCCUCGUUUUAUGUGUGAUGUGGUUCUUUGGUGCUUUCUGUGAGUAUUCGAUCGAUCUCAAUGGAGAGGAUAUGUCAAAAAAUAUUUGGAUUGGUCAGUAUCUGUCAGGAGCACUCGCAUCCAUUAUUCGAUUGAGCUUUGGAAUUGCCGACGGAUAUUUACCUUGGCUCGGUCGUCGCAAAGUAUUCAUAAUCGGAAUGUCGGUGUGCACAGUUGCUUCUGCGGGGCUCGUUGCACUAAUUUACAUGGGUUACAAGGGAACGACAUUGUACUUAUUAGUUUACCUGGCUGCAUACAAUUCCAUCGCUUUGAUUUGGGAGCCAAACUUUGUCUGUUCAUCCGAGCUAAUGCCUACAGAUGUGCGAGCUACUACAACAGCUUUCCUCGGGAUUCUUUCACGAGUAGCAACUAUCAUAGCUUCACUCAUGAUUGUCUUCAAAACAAUUCACGAACCUGUAAUAAUGUGGACGGUGCUGGGAGCAAACCUUAUAAACUUUUCCAUUGCUGCCAAAUUCCUACAGGAAACCAAAAACUGCAACUUGGAAAGCAUAGGAAUGAAGCAAGAUGCCCAAGGAUCGUCGGGAAGCAAAGUUUCUCUCAGUGAAAAAAAUCGAGAAAAGAAUAUAGAGCAGGAAGAAGGAGAUUCGCUAGAAAAUCCGGCAACUCGAAAGUGA